AGUAGAGGCCGGAGCCAGCACAGAACGAAAGAAGAAGAAGAAGAAGAAGAAGAAGAACACUCACGAGGUGCUCACGAGUGGUCGAGUAUAGAAAAAGACGGAGAGAACCGGUGUUGCCAAAGCGUCCAAGUAGAAUGUACCCAUAGUUAAUUGUCAGCAGUUGUCAGAGUGGUUAGAGUUCAGCGGUUGUCAACGAUAGUAAUGAAUUCGUCCCGUUCGUAAAUAAACACUAAACUCAAAACCAUUAUAAAUUUUUGAACUCUAUAAAAAGUCAAUCAACAUUGCUCCAAACACUCAUUACAGUGCUGUCGGAUAAACUGUUUGUUAUUGAACUGUCAGAAUUAUUUCAAAAGAGCAGCAUCAAUAAUGGAUGAAAUAUAUUCGGUCUAUGAUGGAAUUGCAUCUGAAAAAAUUAAUAUCGGGAAAUAUUUUGAAAAGUAUCACGAAGCGAUUAGAGAAGAAUGGUACACACCGGCUCACGCAAAUGGCGAACAAUCAAUAGCCAGCUUUAUGCCGUCUUCUUUGGGUGAAGAAGAAUUAGAAAUGUUAGCUGAAUAUUGUAGUAUAGACAAAUUAACCGUACCUGGGGAACUUGAAAGGUAUAAAAAACAAAAAGGGACUAUUCCCAAGUUCGAAAGCUCUGAAAUACCAAAAGGUACAAAUCUAAAGACACUGGCAUAUCUCGAAGAACAAUACAAGUUACAGAGCCACUCGUCAUGGAAAGCAGCAAUAAAAUAUGCAGGAGAAAUAACUAUAGAGUAUGAAAAAGUUGAUUCUAAAGGACCCUUUGCAGUGCCCGGCAAGGACACAAUCAUUUUCAUCAGAGUUUAUGAGCCUUGUAGAGCCGUAUCGUCAACUGGAAAAAGAAUUAUACUAUCACGAGUCAUAGCAGUUCUUGGUUUUCAAACAUUGGAAAAAGUCAGAGAUCUCAUAGAGUGCAACUCUGAUUUAUCUAUUCUCAAAGACAUAAGUGACAAUCCGGAUGCUCCUCACGAACCUAAUGCAAAGGAUAUUUAUAAAUCCAACUUUAUUUACAUCGAAGGCACUUUUUAUAAUGAUCUUCGCGAUCCAACGAGCGAAGAUAACAGCGCUGUGAUAAGAGAAUGGGCCCAAAGCCGCAAUUUGGGCCCUUUCAAAACCGCACGAAUGAACGAAUGCCGUAUCGACACAUUGUCCGUGAGAUUUGGAUAUCCAUGGGUUUAUCAACAUCAAGGGAAUUGCGAGCAUUUCAUCGUUUUCAGCGAUGCACGAUUUCUAACCACCGAGGACGAACUAGCAGUAUCUGCAUAUCCGAGAAUUCAUCGAACGAAGCAACGUCGAACUCGUUAUUGCAUGAUGUGCAGUGUCUCGCCAGUCCAAUGGAUUGUAACCGACAGCGACCGAAUUCCGCACAAUCCUGCGUGUCUAUGCGACGUUUGUUUCAAAUCCUACAAUUACGUAAAUGGUAAAAAAGUCGGUAAAUUCAAGGCAUAUCGUUAUCCUGACCACGCGGAGCUCUUGGCAGACGAUAGAACAGAAAUGGAAAAUAAAAAAGCGUUCAAAUCACAGGGAAGAAAGAAAGGGAGCUCGACUUCUGCAACGUGAUCCCGAUCAGAAUCGCAUUUAUUUAUUUCUCUCGUCAGUUCACAAUUUUCGUUCCUCGAGCUUUCAUGUUCUGUCGCGAAUAAAGUUUUUUCAAAUUAUCCUUUGCACUCUGGAGAUCUGGCUUUAUCGUUAGGGCAUUUUUGUACAUUAAUUCAGCCUCCUCAUACUUUCCCCAUCUAUGGUAUAAGACUCCUGAAAACAUGACAAAAAUUAUAAGCUAAAUAAACAUCCUAAACGACUGAAA